AUAGAUUUGUUACGAAAAAAAAACCCUUAUAAAAUUCACUUUCGGCCCUAUCGCGCCUGUUACUAAAAAUCCCGUUUCUCCCUCGGGAAAAACUCGCACGCUCCCACUCGAUUUCCACGUGCCCUAGCGCCGACACUUUAAGCGAACGUUCGCCUCCUUCUUCCCCCCCGCUCGCCCGCUCGCCCUCACCAUUUCCGUACUUUUGCUCUCGGUCUAUUUGCAACAACUGCCUCCUUAAGCAACAUUAAUAAUUGACCUUUUAAACAUUUUAAGGCGCCCAAUGAUUAGGCUUAAUUAAUUAGAAACGGUCCCCGCACAUCAGUUUUAGUCACUUUGCCGUUCGGUUUGGAUAGAUACAUAGUGAUUUUUGUGAGGAGAUUUUUUUAAAAAUAAAAUGGUCGAACUGUGGAUACUCGUCCUGAUCGCUCAUCCUGUAGUCAACGGUCUCAAGAUAAUCAACAUGUACGUGCCCCGGGGGGCCACCCACGAGGCCCCCAUGGUCUGCCGGUACGACCUCGAGGGUGAGAAACUGUACGACGUGAAAUGGUACAAGGACGACCGACAAUUUCUUAAGUGCGCCCCAGACGGAUCCGUGCAAGAGUUCCCGUUAGAUGGGAUUAGCCUGGAAUACCCUAGGUACGCCCCAAUAGGUUCCUGUCCGGUCACCAUUACGAGACUCUCAGGCCAAUCGGGAGGAACUUAUAGGUGUGAGGUGAGCGUGGAUGGACCUCCCUUCUUUUCAGCCUCGCAGACGAAAAUGUUGAGGGUGGUGCAGUUCCAUCGACAGGUCCAAGAGGAAAGUGAGGUGAAAAGUGCUUUUCAGAAUUGGACGGCGCAGGGUGGCGGAGUUAGCGGGAGGAAUUUUGACGCUUCGGUGAUGUUUUUGUUAAUUUUUUAGCCAAUAAAUACAUUUAAAUAAAAUGA